CGCCGGGGCUUGAGGACGGCGGCUGCUUAGAGGCUGAGGCUCCGAGGUUCCAGGUCGGCGAAAAUGGCUUCUCUCGCGCGGACUUUACGCUUUGCUGCCCUCAUCAGACCCUCAGCGGUGCUCAGCGUGGUGCCGAGAGCUGCGACAGUAGGAUGCCUGCACACACUGACCUCGAGGGAGAGUAGACUGUCCAACACAACGCUUUUAUCGGCGAUCACGAAGGCCACCAGUGGGGUCCGCAGCUACAGUGCCAAGGAACCUCUGACCUUAGACCUCAUCCAGCAGAGAGUCAUGCUGGUUCUUAAGCUGUAUGAUAAGGUCAACCCUGACAAGCUCGCCGUGGAUUCUCACUUCAUGCAAGAUCUGGGUCUAGAUUCCUUGGAUCAUGUAGAAGUCAUCAUGGCCAUGGAGGAUGAAUUUGGUUUUGAAAUCCCAGAUGGUGAUGCAGAGAAGCUGUUGCGACCUGCUGAUAUCAUCCGAUACGUGGCAGAUAAAGAAGAUAUUUAUGAAUAGUUUGGUUAAGCUAGAUUAUGGAAAAGGGAAAGGACUUCCCGUAGGCCAUCACCUGCAUUGUCAGCAGCAGUUGGGCAAAAGUGGGAGUAUGCAAGAAGCCUUGGUACUGGGGAAAUCCAUGCAGUGGGGUUUGUAUGGCGUUGUAAAUAAUUCUAGUUGAAAAGAAGUUUCCACACAAUGUAAACCGGUUCAUUAAAAGUCUUUUUAUUUUCUACAAUGAAGAAUAGGCCACAUAAAUUUUGAUGGUAGCAUCAUAGAAUUUAACUAAUCUGUUCUUCACAGUAAACUACUUCUUUUUUUUUUUUCUUUUUUUUUCUUUGAACAUGUGUAAUAAUAGUUUAUGUACAGAUGCCUAAUAAACUUAUAAAAUAAAA